AAUCACUCAGAAGACAACGCAGGCAGAGCAUAGCGCUGCACAUCCUUCCAUUUCUUAAAUUAGCCACUUUAAGCUUCGAGAUACCGCCACCAAUUUCAGUGUCGGUACGGAGCCGCCAGGCCGGGACUGAGACGGAGAGAGAGCCCUCGGCCAUGGAAGCGCUCGGACCCGUGUGUUUAUCGAACCCAAUCAGUGCGGAAGACAGGACGGCAUUGUUUGCUGGUGGGGAUUUAACCACACAUCUUCCUUCCGUGUCGUCUCUUCACACGUCUGUUGUAAUUGAACCAGGCCCGCCUGCCCCUACCUCCCUCUUCCAGCCACCACGCCGACCUGGCUUGGGUACGGUGGGGAAGCCGAUUCGCCUGCUGGCCAAUCACUUCCAGGUGCAGAUCCCCAAGAUCGAUGUUUACCAUUAUGACAUUGACAUCAAGCCUGAAAAGCGACCUCGAAGGGUCAACAGAGAGGUGGUAGAUACAAUGGUGAGACAUUUUAAGAUGCAGAUCUUUGGGGACAGCCAACCUGGUUAUGAUGGCAAGAGGAAUAUGUAUACUGCUCACCCGCUACCCAUUGGGAGAGACAGGGUGGAUCUGGAGGUAACAUUGCCAGGUGAGGGGAAGGAUCAGACCUUCAAGGUGUCUCUGCAGUGGGUGUCAGUGGUGAGUCUGCAGUUGCUUUUGGAAGCUCUGUCUGGUCACCUGAAUGAGGUUCCUGAGGACUCUGUACAAGCUUUGGAUGUCAUCACUCGCCACCUGCCCUCCAUGCGAUACACUCCCGUAGGUCGUUCCUUCUUCUCUCCACCAGAGGGGUACUAUCACCCGCUGGGAGGUGGGAGGGAGGUGUGGUUUGGCUUCCAUCAGUCUGUCCGUCCAGCAAUGUGGAACAUGAUGCUCAAUAUAGAUGUGUCUGCCACAGCCUUCUACCGAGCCCAGCCCGUCAUUGAGUUUAUGUGUGAAGUUUUGGACAUCCAGAACAUCAACGAGCAGACCAAGCCUCUCACAGAUUCCCAACGUGUCAAGUUCACAAAGGAGAUCCGAGGACUGAAAGUGGAGGUCACACAUUGUGGUCAAAUGAAGAGGAAGUAUCGUGUGUGCAAUGUAACACGUCGUCCAGCCAGCCAUCAGACAUUUCCUUUGCAGCUCGAGAACGGACAAGCUAUGGAGUGCACAGUUGCACAGUAUUUCAAGCAAAAGUACAGCCUGCAACUCAAAUACCCCCAUCUGCCCUGCCUCCAGGUGGGGCAGGAACAGAAGCACACCUACUUGCCCCUUGAGGUUUGUAAUAUUGUGGCAGGACAGCGUUGUAUAAAGAAACUAACAGAUAAUCAGACCUCCACAAUGAUCAAAGCUACGGCCCGCUCCGCCCCAGACCGACAGGAAGAGAUCAGCAGACUUGUCAAGAGCAACAGCAUGGUGGGCGGGCCCGACCCUUACCUGAAAGAGUUUGGCAUCGUAGUGCACAACGACAUGACCGAGGUGACCGGGCGGGUCCUCCCAGCGCCCAUGCUUCAAUAUGGGGGCCGGGUGAGUACAGACACUGGGAGGGACUGUAGCAGGGGACUCUCUCCCCAGAACAAGACGGUGGCCACUCCCAACCAGGGUGUCUGGGACAUGAGGGGAAAGCAGUUUUAUGCGGGUAUAGAGAUCAAGGUGUGGGCUGUGGCCUGCUUCGCCCCUCAGAAACAGUGCCGGGAGGAUCUGCUCAAGAGUUUCACUGACCAGCUGCGCAAGAUCUCCAAGGAUGCAGGGAUGCCCAUCCAAGGCCAGCCCUGCUUCUGCAAGUAUGCCCAGGGAGCAGACAGCGUCGAGCCAAUGUUCAAGCACCUCAAAAUGUCUUACGUGGGACUACAGCUCAUUGUGGUCAUUCUGCCUGGAAAAACACCUGUCUAUGCGGAGGUGAAGCGUGUGGGAGAUACUCUGCUGGGAAUGGCCACUCAGUGCGUGCAGGUGAAGAACGUGGUGAAGACAUCCCCUCAGACACUGUCCAAUCUCUGCCUCAAGAUCAACGCCAAACUGGGAGGCAUCAACAAUGUGCUGGUGCCGCAUCAGAGGCCCUCCGUGUUCCAGCAGCCAGUCAUCUUCUUGGGGGCAGAUGUCACUCACCCUCCUGCGGGUGAUGGUAAGAAACCAUCUAUUGCGGCUGUGGUGGGAAGCAUGGAUGGGCACCCCAGCCGCUACUGUGCCACUGUUCGAGUGCAGACCUCGCGCCAGGAUCUGUCCCAGGAACAGCUCUUCAGCCAGGAGGUCAUCCAGGACCUUACUAACAUGGUGCGAGAGCUGCUCAUUCAGUUUUACAAGUCGACACGCUUCAAGCCCACACGCAUCAUCUACUACCGUGGAGGAGUGUCUGAAGGACAGAUGAAGCAGGUUGCAUGGCCAGAGCUGAUCGCCAUUAGGAAAGCAUGCAUCAGUCUAGAGGAAGACUACAGGCCGGGAAUCACCUACAUCGUAGUGCAGAAGCGCCACCACACCCGACUCUUUUGUUCUGACAAAGCCGAGAGGGUCGGUAAGAGUGGCAAUGUUCCAGCAGGCACUACGGUGGACAGCACCAUCACACACCCCUCAGAAUUUGACUUCUACCUGUGCAGCCAUGCUGGUAUCCAGGGCACUAGUCGUCCCUCGCACUAUCACGUCUUGUGGGAUGACAACUGUUUCACGGCAGAUGAACUGCAGCUGUUGACCUACCAGCUGUGCCACACUUAUGUGCGCUGCACCCGCUCCGUCUCCAUCCCCGCGCCAGCCUACUAUGCCCGGCUUGUGGCAUUCCGUGCCCGCUACCACUUAGUGGACAAAGACCAUGACAGUGCUGAGGGCAGUCAUGUAUCAGGACAGAGUAAUGGCAGGGACCCUCUGGCUCUGGCUAAGGCGGUCCAGAUUCACUAUGACACCCAGCACACCAUGUACUUCGCCUGAUGUCCACCAGCAGGAGACGCACCUCUAAUCUCCUCCUUCAAUCUCUCUUUCUCUUCCUUUAUCUCUAUCGCGUCUUCAUCUGCAGCAAAGCAGUUUUAAAGCCAGGGGGCCCAUCUGUCAGUCCAGUUGAAAUUAUGGUCUGCCCCGAAGAACCAACUUUUACCAGCAGUCCUGCACUGAGAGGCUUCCGACCUCCAAUGCACAGAAAAAAAAGAAAUCCAAUGGAGCCAUUUUUAACUUUUUAUUUGUUUUGAUUUUUGAAUGUCUUUUUUAAUUUGUAAUAUACACUGAGUGUGAGCAAACCUGCGCCAUUGGUCAGGGCAGCUCUGGCUCUCUCAGCUAAGCUGGACUCUGUCUACUUUUACCUCAAGCCGCCAUUGGCUCAAUCUUGUCAUGUCUUUUGGGGAGGGGUGGGGGCUUGCAUGUAAGUGAGGGGAGGGGUUGACUUGGAUGGAUUUGUUUUUUCUCCUUUUUAUGAUCGUAUUUGGACUCUCCUCUCAGUCUUAUUCAAACGAGGUGACCUGAGUGUACAUGCCCAUUACCUGCUCCCAUUGUGUGUGUAUUUGUAUGUGAAGUGCUUGGGGGGUGAAUGGAGGAUUGUGUAGGCAUGUUUGUGAUUUUUGUGUGUUUGUGUGUAUUAAUGUCUCAUGGCAGGCCACUGAAUUGUAAAGGGAAAUCUAGGAGCAAACUGCUGUAAAUGCGUUUUUUUUUUAUAUAUAUAUAUAUAUAUAUAUUAACACACGCAUAGAUAUAUAAAAAGUAUAUAAAUAUUUACAACUCUAUAAGCAUAUUCCAUUUGACUGUUUAACAGGCUUUCAUAAGCUGGUGGUUUUUUGUAGCAGUAGCAUUCCCCAUAGUCUCCUCCGCUUGACUGUUGGGAGUGUUGGACCUGGGUUAACAAGGCGUGGUACAGGUGCCAUUCCACCUGUGGCAAGACUUAAAACGCAUACGUCUUGUUUGAAUGGUUAAUUUACAGGGUUUAAAGGUAUGGCCAUUGCACAGUUACAGGCGUAGCGUUGUUCUGGCGGCGCUGUCUGAAAGGCUUGCAACAUACAGCACUCUCCCUUUUAUGCAUUUAUACAUAAGAUUCAAAUCAGAUUUGUAAGAAUUUAAUAUAAAGGCUUUUUUUUUUUUUUUACUUUAGAGUAGAUAAUCGUUGUUCUUGUCAUUAAUGAUUAUAUUGAUCAGUUGUCUGAAAAUCAGUUGUUACUAAUUAAUCCAGGAGUCAUAGUUGUCGUAAACAAAAUCAGAAUGUUUUUUCUUACAGCUUAAGUUCUUGUAGCUGUUGUGGCUGUGGAAAUCAGGGCCCAGUUGCUUUGGUUUGUCCUUUUACAAUUUUUGAUCAAAAGUUUUGGCUUAUUUCUAUACAAAGCGCAUCGACUGAUGACAAAAGAAAGAGUGACAAAUCAGAAUUUGGGGAGGGGCGGUACUAUCAAUGUUCAACAGUUCUAUGAAUUUUAAAAGGGUGUUUAUUACGUCUGUGUGUGUGUGUGUGUGUGUGUGUGUGUGUGUAUGAACUUGAAUCUAUAAUAUAAA